AUGGCCAUCCUAACUUAUAAUGAGGUGUAUCAUUUGGGGUUAUCUAAAAAUGAGGUUCGCCUGCAAAAAAUUUUUUUCAAGUCCAGAACGUUAUGUCCAUUCCACUAUGAUGAACAACAACACAAAUCAACUAAUUUGAACGGUGAUUUUGUGUUUAAAUAUUUUUUAAUGAAUUUAAAAGAAUUCCAACUAAGAACGGAUGAACUUAGAGACUUGCAAGACUUUGAAGAAGAUUGUAUGGAUGAUUUGGCAAGAAGGAAAUUUCGUUUAAAAGACAAUAAUUGUCCGGAAAGACGUCGAAAUUCUGAUCGUCACUGUUUUUCUGAUUUUUCCUCUUGUAAUCGCGAAUUACUUGUACAACUUCAAAAAAUGCAGGCUAAAAUAGACAAACUGGAACAAAAACAAGAAAAAUUAUUUGAGAAAUUUGUGGAGCGUCAAAAUAAAAAAUGCCGACAAGAACAACAACUGACUGAGAAUCGUAAAAAUAAAAAAGAGGGAAAAUUGAAUAAUAAAAAAGAAAUCCCCAAAGCUAAAGUACUUCCAAUGACUUUAAAUAAUGAAGAAUUAAAUAUUUUGGAAGAAGAACAACAAAUUAGUAUUCCUCAAAUUUUAAUUCCUGAAGAGGAGGAAGAUAGAGAGGAAAGUUCAGACUCUUCUGGGCAUUCUAAUCAGUCUUAUGAAAAUGAAGAGAAUUUGGUUGAAGGGAUGGAAAUUGAAAGAGAAAAUGAAGGAAAUAAUGGGCAACAACAACCACAACAAGGGCAUUUAAAUAUUAUUGAUGAUAACCGACAGCGAAAUUAUUCUGUUUCGUUAAGCGAGGAUUUGGAACAAAUGUUUGGGAUGUUAAGAAUGUGA